AUGAAUCCUUCGGUCCACAACUUCUUCUUAGAGAGUCACGUGUUCAGAAGGCUAGAAAUAGAAUUGCCCAGCGCCUGUGAAGUGAACUGUUUUAUGGAUGCUGACUGCGUCUCGUACAACUUGAGACAGCCACAGGAUCUCGACGGAAGGUAUUUGUGUGAACUGAGCGAUUCUACAGACAAAAUUCAUCCCUUGGAUGUCAAAUUCGAAGAGGGAGCUGUUUAUAAAUCAUUCCGGAACCCUUGUUCUAGUAAUCCCUGUCCUGCUAUCCGUCGAUGUCAAACAGGAUUCACCAGCAAAGGUUAUCGCUGUGUUUGCAGAAAUGGACUCUUUGGACGAAACUGCACCGAAGCACCUCCCUCUGUACAAGUGUUUCCUGAUUUUAUUGAGACUGAGGAAGGAAAAGACAUCUCCAUGAGAUGUGCAAUUUUCAGUAUUCCCCCUCCGCGCCUAGUUGCAUGGAGUAGGUCUCAAGGAGCUCUUCCUUCCCAAAGAAGUAUCGUCCAAGGAGGAAAUUUGACCUUGAAAAACGUCACUAAACAAGACAGUGGCUCAUAUGCGUGUACUGUAGCAAACAUCUGGGGUACAAACACGUCCUCAGCUCAUCUUAACGUUUAUUCAGCUCUCAAGUUCAUUAUCAAACCCCCGUCGAAUGUGACAGUGAGGGCGUAUGAAGCUCUUCUUCUGCCAUGUUCUGUUUCGAGCGAUCUGACGCCAACGGUGUCUUGGAUCUAUGAUGGAGCUAUGUCAUUACCUCCUGGUGCGAGUAUUGAUUCCUCCAAUAACUUGAUUGUUUCAUUUGCUAACUUCACCCAUGGUGGUACCUACACUUGCAAUGCGACUACUGCGCGCAAAUCCAUUCAAACAAGUGUCACCGUCUAUGUCAAGUACCCAGAAAACUGCGCCAGAGUGAAGGCAAACUUAAUUGACGUCAGUGGUGACUACGUUAUUGAUCCUGACGGUGUUCUUGGCGAGGAUCCAUUCCCUGUUUAUUGUAACAUGACUCACAAUGGAGGCGUUGGAGUGACAGUUAUCAGUCACGACAGCGAGGACAGAAUCCAUGUCAUAGGAUAUGACGCAUAUGGAAGCUACAGCCGUGACAUUCAAUACCGCGACAGCAGCCUUUCUCAGAUCACAGCACUGAUAGGAGUCUCAAGUAGCUGUCGACAGUUUAUCCGAUAUGAGUGCAAGGGUGCUGUAUUAGGACUGGGUCGAGUUAGCUGGUGGGUGUCACGUGACGGUCAGAUCAUGAGGUAUUGGGGUGGAGCUACUCAGGGAUGCGCAUGCGGAGUGACUAACUCCUGCGCCCGAACAGACAAGCCCUGUAAUUGUGAUAAAAAUGAUUAUGUUUGGCGGGAGGACAGUGGCUUUUUGACAAUCAAAUCUGACCUUCCUGUCACUCAGUUGAGGUUUGGUGACGCUGGCGAGGCAAAUGAGGAGGGAUAUCACACCCUUGGAAAACUGGAAUGCUAUUGA